CGCGUCUCUCGUGGUCCGCUAGGGCCUCUGGCGCGGCCCCUACGCAUGCGUGGUGUGGUGAUGCAGCCCACGCCAGGGCUGCCCCAGCCAGCACUACUUUCCCCUACUCAGGGGUCUCGGUUCUCGUCCACCGAAAAACCCUCCUCAGGAAGACGACACUGUAUACCCACCAUGAGUCUUGACAUCCAAUGUGAGCAGCUAAGUGAUGCCAGAUGGGCAGAGCUCCUCCCCCUGAUCCAGCAAUACCAAGUGGUCAGGCUGGAAGACUGUGGUCUCACUGAGGUGCGGUGCAAAGAUAUCAGCUCAGUGCUCCAGGCCAACCCUACCCUGACAGAGCUCAGCCUGCGUACCAAUGAGCUGGGCAAUGCUGGUGUACACUUGGUUCUCCAGGGCCUGCAGAAUUCUACCUGCAAGAUCCAGAAGCUGAGCCUCCAGAACUGUGGACUGACAGAAGCUGGCUGUGGGGUCCUGACUGGCCCAUUACGCUCUUUGACGACCCUCCGUGAGCUACACCUCAAUGACAAUCCCCUGGGGGAUGCAGGCCUGCAGUUGCUUUGUAAAGCAUUUCUGGACCCCCAGUGCCACCUUGAGAGGCUUCAGUUGGAAUACUGUAACCUUACGGCUACCAGCUGUGAGCCCCUGGCCACAGUGCUCAGGGCCAAACCUGACUUUAAGGAACUGGUGUUGAGCAACAACGACCUCCAUGAAGCCGGUGUCCACACACUAUGCCAGGGACUGAAGGAUUCUGCCUGCCAGCUGGAGUUGCUCAAGCUGGAGAACUGUGGUAUCACAUCAGCCAACUGUAGGGAUCUAUGUGACGUCGUGGGCUCCAAAGCCUCACUGCAGGAGCUGGGCCUGGGUUGCAAUAAGCUGGGCAAUGCAGGCAUUGCAACACUGUGCCCAGGGCUCUUACACCCCAACUGUAGGCUCAGGACCCUGUGGCUGUGGGAGUGCGACAUUACAGCCGAGGGCUGCAAGGACCUGUGCCAUGUCCUCAGAACCAAGCAGAGCCUGAAGGAACUCAGUCUGGCUAGCAAUGAGCUGGGGGAUGAGGGCGCCCGGCUGCUGUGUGAUAGUCUGCUGGAGCCUGGCUGCCAGCUGGAAUCACUGUGGGUGAAGAGCUGUAGCCUCACUGCUGCCUGCUGCUCCCACUUCUGCUCAGUGUUGACUCAAAAUCGUUCUCUGUUGGAGCUGCAAAUGAGCAACAACCCCCUGGGUGACUCAGGUGUACAGGAGCUUUGCAAGGCCCUGGGCCAGCCAGGCACUGUGCUACGUGUGCUCUGGCUGGGGGACUGCGAUGUGAGUGAUAUUGGCUGCCGAAGCCUUGCUCCAAUUCUCCUGGCCAGUCGCAGCCUGCGGGAGCUGGACCUCAGCAACAACUGCAUGGGGGAUUCAGGUGUCCUGCAACUAAUGGAGAGCAUCAAGCAGCCCAGCUGUGUCCUGCAGCAGCUGGUUCUGUACGACAUUUAUUGGUCAGAGGAGGUAGAAGAUCAGCUACGAGCCCUGGAGGAGGAAAGGCCAUCCCUGAGGAUCAUCUCCUGAGAGGUACCUCCCUGGAUACACAACCUUAAUCCACCUCCAGGGGCAGCCUGCUCCCUGGGUCUCUGGCUCUGGGUGUCCUGGUGUUGACUGGAGAACACACUGUAAUCAGCUUAUUUCAGCAAGAAAACUUUAGACACUUUAUUACUAUUAAAGCACUUUGUUGGCAAAAA